UAAGGCCAUGCAUACAUUAACAAACUCACAAAUUUCAACUCAAACAAUCCUCCACACAACCAAACCAACCAUCUCCGUCACUCCCCAAUUUUUUCUUUUAGAAGAAACCAUUAAUGGCUUCCGCUUGUGCUUCUUCCGCCAUUGCCGCCGUGGCAAUUUCUUCGUCAAGUUCAUCGAAGAAUGGCUGCCCCAAGCUGGCUUCUAACUUCCUUGCUGGCAAGAAGCUUAGGCUGAGAAACUUAAAUGCUGCUGCUGUCGUUGCUCCUCGAUCCGCUCCGGUAUGCGCCGCAGCCGAUCCCGAUAGACCUCUUUGGUUCCCUGGCAGCACCCCUCCUCCGUGGCUCGAUGGCAGCCUUCCCGGUGACUUUGGCUUUGACCCUCUUGGUCUUGCGUCUGAUCCGGAGAGUUUGAGAUGGAACCAACAGGCGGAGCUCGUACACUGCCGAUGGGCAAUGUUGGGGGCAGCAGGAAUUUUCAUCCCGGAAUUCUUGACAAAGAUCGGUAUAUUGAACACUCCUUCGUGGUACUCCGCCGGUGAAUUGGAAUAUUUCACCGACACCACCACUCUAUUCAUAGUGGAACUCAUUUUCAUCGGUUGGGCCGAGGGUAGACGGUGGGCCGACAUCCUCAAACCCGGCUGCGUCAACACCGACCCGAUUUUCCCUAACAACAAACUGACCGGAACCGACGUCGGGUACCCUGGUGGGCUCUGGUUUGACCCACUCGGAUGGGGCAGCGGAUCACCGGAAAAGAUUAAGGAAUUGAGAACGAAAGAGAUUAAGAACGGACGAUUGGCUAUGUUGGCGGUGAUGGGAGCUUGGUUCCAACACAUUUACACGGGCACCGGUCCCAUUGAUAACCUUUUCGCUCACCUUGCCGAUCCCGGCCACGCCACCGUCUUCGCCGUGAGUUUCCUUUUCUUUCUUGCAAUAAGAAAUAAUAUUUUUUUAAAAAUAAAUUAAUUUUGGGUUUUGAUUUUAAUUUAGUAGUAAUUUAAUUUUUAAAACGAUAAUAAAAAUGUUGAAAAUAAUUUUAAGAUAAUUGUGUUUUAAUUGAUGGGUUGGUUUUUGUUUUGGCAGGCAUUCACACCAAAGUGAAGAAAUUGGGGAGCAAAUAGGAGAGAUGUAGUGAUGUGUUGUUGUGAGUUGAGGGACACAAAUUUAUGUAUUGAAUCACAACUUUGAUCUAAUCUCUGUGUUUAUGUGUAUGAUGGACCAUAUCAUUAUCAAUUUAAUGUACAAAAUGAGAUCAAAAAAUUAAUUAAGCAAA